AUGGACGUGAGCUUUAAGAAGAAGAAGAAGCGUCAUGGCGCUAGUUGUCAGCGGUCCCGUCGGCUUUUAAACGAUAAGGAGGAUGUGUGUACAGAUGAGGAUAAUGAUUUAGUGGAUGUAGAGAGGAUUCAACGUAAUAUUGAAGAGCUACGAGAAGAUCAACGACUGCGGGAACAGGCAUUAAAGGAAGAGCUAAUUAGUCAAAAAGCCAAGAAGAAGACCAAGAUGAUGAUGAUGAUGAAGAAGGGCAAUGAUAUUAAUCAGUAUGGAUUACAUGAUCCUAAGAAAGAAGGAUGCGCUAAUCAGAAACUAUUGACACUUUUGGAUGGACAAUUUACGGGCCAAAGUGUUACGACUGACAAGGAUCAGCAUGAAGAGUUAAUGAAUAAGUUUAUUGAAGAGAGAUUACAAAGGAAAAGAAAGUUAACAAUACGAAAGGAAGAAGAAGAAGAAGAUGAUGAUGAAGAAGAGGGCAAUGUUAAUGAUGCGUCUAAUGCACUGCGAAUUGCCGAGGAUAGAUUAUUUGAACUACCAGAUCAUUUGAAACCUAAUGUGUCGAGUGAUAACAAUGGAUUUGAAGAUGGGACAGAAGGUGGGAUGCUUAUGGGAGGUGCAGGCAUUGCAGAGGUAGAACUACCGACGUCGUUUUUGGAAAAAACGGAGCAUGCGACGAGAAAAGCAUUGGAAGCAAGUAAAGUAGGAAAGGUGAAAGUGGAUACGAUUGGUGGACUUGCAAGCUCAGGACUGCCAGCCAAUUUUAGUGUCGACUUUAAUCGACACCGGACCGAUUACGUUGCAGAGAUGAAGAGUAUGAAUAAAGACGAACGACGUGAGCGGGGGUUUCAUCAAGUUGGCAAGCAUCAGGCAAGUGAUGAUCGUGCCGUUUCACGGUUUCGAAAAUUUGAGACUCGCCAGAUGCGACGAUAA